AUGCCUGCCUCUGUGCUUCUCAACGGCUCCCAGAGAUGUCCGGAUCUGCACCUGGUUAGCGACGAAGACUCUGUGUACGAGCAAGAUAUCCUACGCAACCCCGGCAGCAUCAAGCCAUGGCUCGCCUACAUACAAUUCAAGUCCCAGCAUGGGACCGUACACGAGCGCGCGUUUGUUCUCGAGCGUGCUUGUAUCCAGCUCCCACGGUCCUAUAAACUUUGGAAAAUGUAUCUUAUUUUCCGCGUCCAUCACGUUUCAAGGCUGAAUGCUGCCGUCUUUUCUGCCGAAUAUCGGAAGGUAAACGCGCUAUUUGAGCGCGCGCUGAUUCUCCUGAACAAGAUGCCUCGAAUCUGGGAACUCUACCUCAAGUUCUUGCUUCAACAACCUCUUGUCACGACCACGCGACGAACUUUCGAUCGAGCCCUUCGUGCACUGCCGCUCACCCAGCACAACCGAAUCUGGGCCCUCUACAAGACAUUCGUCAAUUCUGCCGAAGGAAUUAGCGCCGUCAAGGUCUGGCGCCGCUACAUGCAAAUACACCCCGAGGAGGCUGAAGAUUUCAUAGAGCUUCUCACGCAGGUGGGCUUCUAUACGGAGGCUAUCAAGAAGUACACGGACAUCCUCAAUAACACACGGUUUAUAAGCAAGCAUGGGAAGGGGCAUUACGAAUUGUGGAGCGAGAUGGUUGACCUGAUGGUCGAACACGCGGCCGAGAUCGAGACGGGCCACGAGACUGGUAUCGACGUUGACAGAAUCGUUAGAAGCGGUAUUGUUCGAUUUGCCGACCAACGGGGGAAGUUAUGGUGUGGGUUGGCCACCUAUUGGAUACGGAGAGGCAGUUUCGAGCGCGCCAGAGACGUAUUUGAAGAAGCAAUCACAACGGUGAUGACGGUCAGAGACUUUACGCUUGUUUUCGACUCAUACACCGAGUUCGAGGAGUCAAUAAUUGGAGCUCUCAUGGAGGUCGCCUCGGAUCGUGCUGACAAGGGCAUUGUCGAUGAGGAGGCGGAUUUCGAACUUGACAUACGAAUGAUGCGCUUCGAGCAGCUCAUGGACAGGAGACCUUUCCUUCUCAACGAUGUUGUUCUGCGACAGAACCCGAACAACGUAUCAGAAUGGGAGAAGAGGGUAGCUCUCUGGGGGGACAACAAGCUGGAAGUGGUACAGACAUACACAGCAGCCAUCGCGACAAUACAGCCAAAGAAAGCCAUUGGAGCAUUCCAUCAACUCUGGGCCAACUACGCCAAAUUCUACGAGCGGGGGGGCGACCUACGAAACUCGCGCAUCAUCAUGGAAAAGGCUGUCAAGGUGCCAUUCAAGUCGGUUGCGGAACUGGCUGACAUGUGGAUUGAAUGGGCCGAGAUGGAGCUGAGGAAUGAGAAUUUUGACGAUGCCGUUCGCAUCAUGGCGAAGGCGGUCCAGGCACCGAAGAGGUCGACAGUUGACUACUUUGACGAGACACUGUCGCCUCAGCAGCGUGUGCACAAGAGCUGGAAGCUCUGGAGCUUCUACGUAGAUCUUGUCGAGAGCGUCAGCUCGUUGGAAGAUACGAGGAAGGUAUACGAGCGUAUAUUUGAACUGCGGAUCGCCACGCCCCAAACUGUGGUCAACUACGCCAAUUUAUUGGAGGAGCACCAGUACUACGAGGAGUCGUUCAAAAUUUACGAACGUGGCCUCGAUCUCUUCAGCUACCCCGUCGCCUUCGAGCUGUGGAACCUGUACCUGACAAAGGCCGUUGAUCGCAAGAUUGGCAUCGAGCGCCUGCGCGAUCUUUUUGAGCAGGCCAUUGAGGACUGUCCGCCCAAGUUCGCCAAGGUCAUAUAUCUCAUGUACGGCAACCUGGAGGAGGAGCGGGGCCUCGCGAGGCACGCGAUGCGAAUCUACGAACGCGCGACGAGAGCUGUGGCGGACGAGGACCGGGCAGACAUGUUCAACUUCUACAUCACCAAGUCAGCAUCCAACUUCGGGCUACCGUCGACGAGGCCCAUUUACGAAAAGGCCAUCUCCACUUUACCCGACAAUGAGGCACGGGACAUGUGCCUAAAGUUUGCCGAUAUGGAGAAGCGCCUUGGCGAGAUCGAUCGGGCGCGGGCUAUUUACGGUCACGCGUCACAAUUCUGCGACCCGCGCACCAGCCCAGACUUUUGGGCGAAGUGGGAGGCCUUCGAGGUGCAACACGGCAACGAGGACACAUUCAAGGAGAUGCUGCGGAUCAAGCGGAGCGUGCAGGCGCAGUACAAUACCGACGUCAACUUCAUCGCGUCACAGGCCCUCGCACGCAGCCAGCGGCGGCCGGAAGAGUCGGGCGACCCCGAAAUGGCCGAUGCCAUGGCGGCGCUCGAGCGACAAGCAAAGGCGCCCGUGGGAUUCGUGGCGGCCAGCGAUGCCGCCAAGACGGCCAGCACAACCGAGGCACCAGCUGCGGCAGCAAACCCGGACGCUAUCGACAUCGAUGACCUUGACGAAUAA